GUACAUCAUCCAUAGCUUAAAGCUUCAGCUUUGGGUCUACACUUGUUCAUCCCUCCAUGAACGGUUUCUGCAGAGAACUCAGGACUGCUAGUUUCCGAACAAACUUGCGCUCAUACUCUAAUAAUACUAGUCUUGCGUCUGCAGCAGUACAUCGUAACCGUUGGUUCCUCUAUACCCGUGCUUUCUCAGCUUCUGUAGAUGCGGAGCCUUCGGAUACACCAAAGCACAAACCAAAAGCAAGCACACCACUUCGUCGUAGUGCGUCUGCAUCGAUACCCAUUCGCUCCAACCCGACACCUACUAGAAGUUCUAUCAAGCCUGUGAUCACUCUUGCGACAGCAGAACGAUACCUAUUGUCAAGACUACGUUCUCGUCUUCCAGAUGCUCAGACACUUCAUGAUUCCUGGUGGAUUCCACAAUGGGGUGACGGGGGCGAGAUUUUUGUGUUCUCGAAUGGAAGUUUUGUGUGCUGGGGUCUUGGAGAGGGAGAAGCGCGACGAUUUGCACGAGAAGUCCUUGCCCCUAGUGAGGUUGGCCGGUUAAAGGAUCCAGAGACAGAGGAACUGGAAUUUGUGACAGAUCCAACAGAAAAAACUCGAAUACAAGGAGAUUUAAUCAUACUUGGACGUGUAGCACCACUCGAGUACCCUGAAAACGCCCCUACCGUACCGCCAGUUUCCCCUGCACUCCCCGCAGAUACCCUUCUGGCACGAUAUACAUUCUCCCAAGCACUAUCACGUUCUACAGCUCUUUCAGGUCUUGAAGAAUCACUUGAGGACUAUCUCUCCUCCGUAGCACUUCUCCCGCACUCCCUCGAGAAGACGGGCAAGCCUGGUCUGAGCAGGGAAGCCCUUAUCAAGAAGCUCGGAGCGCUUAUGAAGUUUCGCCAGGGCCUUAACCUCAACAGGGAGAACUUCUCUGAUACCCCAGACUUGUACUGGACUGAGCCUGAAUUAGAAGGUUUCUUCAAAUCGAUGACGGCGGCUCUCGAAGUGAAGGCAAGAACCAACGCGGUCAAUGAGAAAAUCACCUAUGCCACGGAGGUGCAAUCAACUCUCCGUCAGCUACUUACGGAGUCAUCUACUCAUCGGAUGGAACUUGUGAUCAUCGCCCUUAUUGCUGUGGAAGUUGUCAUCGUAUGUCAUACAACGGUUAUUUUAAUUUUGCUUCAUCUUAUGCACUUUCCUGUUUCAGGCUCUCAUACGGGAUGGCCCCGAACUCUGGCAAAUGGUUUUUGGAUCAUCUCAUGUUGAAGAUCAGAUACCAUCACCUCAUUCAUAGGCGAUCAAGAUCCCUAGUCCUCAUUGGGCAGGAAUCUUUACGAUUUGUGGGUGCUAUUCUGAAUUCAGACGUCAUUCGUGUUGAUCGGAUUGACCUACAGCUCCACCUCUUACAUUGCAU